AUACUUUUUGUUUACCGGCAUGUUGCGUUUUUUUUUCUCAUCCCCCAUGUCCGCUGCGGUACUGAUCGCCGCUGUUGUCGGUGGCGGAGUGCUGCUUGUUUUGCGCCGUUUGUUCCCUCGGCAGAAAACAAUCCAGCUACUCCGUUAUCCUACCGACAUGAUGCGGGGGAAGACGGUUAUUGUGACCGGAGCUAACAGCGGGAUCGGGAAGGCCGUGGCCGGGGAGUUGGUUAAGCUCCAGGCCCGGGUCAUCAUGGCCUGCCGGGACCGGCGCAGCGCCGAGGAGGCUGCGGAGGACAUCAGGAGCCAGGCGGGACCGCAACACGGAGAGCUCGUCGUCAAACACCUCGAUCUUGCUUCACUGGCGUCAGUCCGCAAGUUCUGCCAAGAAAUUAACGAGGAGGAACCCAAGCUCGACGUGCUCAUCAAUAACGCAGGUGUUUACCAGUGUCCCUACAUGAAGACGGAGGACGGCUUUGAGAUGCAGCUAGGGGUGAAUCACCUGGGCCACUUUCUCCUCACUCACCUCCUGUUGGAGCUUCUGAAGAGUUCGGCUCCCAGCCGCAUAGUUGUGGUCUCCUCGAAGCUUUAUAAGCAUGGCCAAAUCAACUUCGAUGACCUGAAUAGUGAAAAAAACUACAACAAAGCUUUUUGCUACAGUCAGAGCAAGUUGGCCAAUCUGCUGUUCACCCUUGAACUGGCACGCCACCUGGAGGGCACGGGGGUCACCGUCAACGCUCUGACCCCAGGUAUUGUCAGGACCAAUCUCGGCAGGCACGUUGAAAUCCCUGUCCUGGCAAAGCCACUGUUCAACCUCGCCUCGCUGGUGUUUUUUAAGAGUCCACUAGAGGGCGCCCAGACUCCUCUCUAUCUGGCCUGCUCCCCGGAGGUGGAGGGAGUGUCAGGAAAGUGUUUUGCGAACUGUAAGGAAGAGCAGCUGAUGGCUAAAGCUACGGAUGCAGAAGCAGCGACAAAACUGUGGCACAUAAGCAAAAGGAUGGUUAGACUCACGGACUGAGCAGGUUCAGGUGCUGCAUACAGCACUUUGGAGACUUAUUGUCCUCGGACAACAUACUUCACCUGUGGAAAUCCAACAUUCUGAUGGCCUUUUGAAAAUUAUUCUCCCUUUGAGAGAUUUGCGCUCUUUGUUCAGUAUCUCCCACCUGAUUUGCCAGAUUUGCCUGUAAAGAUUCUGAGGGAAACAUUGACUUCUUUAUGUGAAAUGUUUAAACUGAUAGACGUUUUAUGAAUACAAUUUUAAU